CACACACACACACACAAUACACAGCACAUAAGUCAACCUUAAUGAUGUCUGGAUCAUCAGGUUGAGCAGACUGGAGUCGGAAAGAAAGAUGCGUUCGCGCAGAGACACUCUCAGCUUCAGAAAUGGGAAUUACUUCGAGGACGCAACUUUCUGCGGAGUUCAACAAGUUGGACGGUCACUGCUCAGACUUUGAGCCUCUUUUCCUCCUCCAUGGAUGGAAACCAAGCGGAAGGAAAGCAACGCUGGGAAACUAGCGCUUGCGAGUUGAAAGUUGGAAGUGAAGUGUGAAGUUGGGUCAGGUUUGCGUCAGGUUUGCUUUGUUGAGUGAAAGUUUGUGCCGGGUCAAUGCGCACGCGGGGUUAGUUUUGUUUUGUUUUGUAAAAAAAAAAAAAAAAAAAAACAGUUUGUGGAUCUAUCGAUGAACUAAAAACAAGCAAAUAACGAGGGACGCCCCCCGAAAAGGACGCGAUGGCGGAGAAGGAGACGCAGAGCAAGUCUGCGGUGUACCGGAGUGUGUCUUUUAAAAAGCUGCACAAUUGGAAGGGCAAUAAAAGCGGUGGUCCGGCAGCCGAGGAGGAUCAGCGCCACGGCUCGGAGGAUUUGGAGACUGGAGCAGCCCUUCCCCCUCCGGCUGCACCGCUCGCGGAUAUGCGCAGUGCUGCUGUGGCUAGAAAAGUUUCCAAAAUCUCAGCAGCCAGCCUCUCGAGGGCAGAGCCGAAAAAGGGCUCCACUCACACCAUUUCACCCUCAGUCCGUCAGCUCUCCGAAAAGUUUGGAACAAACACAAACUCAGGCAGCACUUCUUCUUCAGUUCUUCAGGCUGCAGUUUCACCCAGGGUUAGAUCUCCAGAUGGAUCAUCUCCCCAGGACAUUUCAGGAUGUCUCCCUGAUCUGAGCAAAGAUCCUUCAGGAACGCUGACCGAAAAACUUCUGGAUCAUAAGUGUCAAGAGUCUGGCUCUGGCUCGGAUUCGGAUAGAGGUCAUAAACCGAGGGUUCGAAAGAUCGGAAGCGGCACGAAGGCAGGUAAGAGUGAUUUUUCUGGAAUCAGUAAUAGCUCUGACAGCUUUAGUGGGAACGCUUUAAAUUCAGAAGAUGAUAUUUCUGUCCUAGGGGUUUCACCUAGCAAGCCUCAUCGCCGCCAUCGCUCCUCCCAGGCUGAAACUAUUCAUGUCGAUUCGAGCUGGCCGAGCGUAACUAAGAUCAGAGAGCUCUUUGGAGAUGGUGACAGAAAGAAGCACAAGUCGUUGUCAGAUGGAGAGGAAUUAAAAUCUGAUGACUACCACUUUUACCGUUUCUACCGCAGAAAACACAGCAACACUUCCUCCGACAAGAGCGACAGGCAGUCGCCACUGCAGCCAAGAGGACACUGGAAGGAUACAUACAGCUCCGAUCAUGAUGCUAAUAGACAUCAGGGUAUGGACUCUGCUUUUAAUACAGAAAAGCAUUUUCAUGAUGGUGAACUGAACUUCGUGACAAGAGACCUGUCAACAGAUAUAAGUCGAGUCGAGACCCGUAAAAGUAGUGACCUCCGAUCCACUCCACCCACCCCUCCACCUCGCAGUAGUUCUGUUGCACUGCCUCUCAGGUCUCAUUCGAAUGCUUUCAGUGAGCAGCUGCAGGAGCAGAGACAGAGGGCGAACCAGCCGCAGCCAUCAGAUAGUUUGCAUUCCUCACAUAGUUCCUUCAAACCACAGACGGGCUCUUCCGUGGAACCGGUCAGCACUCAUGAAAGAUUGAGCUCUGGAGAAGAGGAGGACGAGUCUGGAGGGCAGACAGGUAGAAAAUCACUCUCAUUUGUGCACAGCAGUGAAGGAAUAGGCACACACAUUUCAAAGAACAAACAUGAUGCCUGGACAAAACUCUCACAUAGAUCUUCAGGUAGUGAGGAAGACAGUCCAGCAGGCCUAACUCAUCAGGUUCGACGACGUUCUUUGCGAAAAAAGAAGAAAAGCAACUGUAGUAGAGAGAAUGAGGAGUCUGAUGACAGUGAUGACCGGUAUGUAAUGAUGGAGCACCUGGAGCGCCACCAGCAUUCGUGUGAUUCCCAAAUGGAGGGACGUAGGAUUGACAGCUUACGGGCUAAGGGCUGCUUUAAGGGACAGAUAUGGGAGAAAGGGCACACACCUCGAGGUUCCUCUGGGGUUCAGGACACUUAUAGGCAUCUGUGUAAAGCUCCUGAUGGACAAGUUGGCACCAGUAAUGUUCCAUUUGUAUCUCGUGUGUCAAAGGUAAAAAUUCCCUCAUUUCUCUCCACCCCUUUGGGGUCACGCUGUAACAGCAGAUAUUCCAGCACAGAGACUCUGAAGGCUGAAGAUCUGAUGAGUUCAUCAUCCAGCAGAGCUUCAUCUUCUGUCCUAAGCAAAACAUAUCAUGGCAAUGCUACUAUGUACCGGUCACCUAGUUUUGGGCAUGGGGACAAUUUUUCUCGUACCCCAGUCAGAGUUCAUUCACGGCUAGUGCCUACUUUGAAUCAAGGAGAAGGCAUUUCUAAUUCUGCAGAGAACAGACUAGAAUGCCAUACUGUUAGCCAUGAAAAAGAUAAAGACAGAAUAUCAAUGUCAAAUCCUGACAUUGCUUCAGAAACUCUGUCACUGCUGAAUUACCUGAAAACCGAUUUGUCAGAGCUAAGGAUGAAAAAGAAAGGCCAGGAUGGUGAGGAAAGUCUAAACUCCAGCCUUCAGGGUGCUAAAAAUGCAUCAACUAUGUACAGAAUGGGCUCAAGACCUUUAGGUUUGAACACUAGAAGGCCCUCCUUAAAGGACCUCACUGCUACUUUGAGGAGAACCAAAUCUUUCACUUACUCAGAGAAACCAGUAGUGUCAGCUAUAAGGAGUUCCUCAGAACAAAGACUGGACUGUGAAAGUGAUGGAGAUCGAGUAGUAAUCUCUGAUAGAGAGGUGGAGAGUGAUGAUUGCAGAGGUUAUUAUGACUAUGAAGAACCAAUGCCAACCCCUUUACAAGAUCGCUAUGUUCAAGAAGCAAGACAGGUAAUAAGGGAUAUUUGUAAAAUGAGCGCUAAUAAGGAUUAUGAUGAGGAUGAGGAUGAUAUUGCAGGUUUUAAAAGAAAUGGGAAUUCUGACAUGGUGGAAGAUAAUAAAGAAACUAAUAAGCAAGUGGAGAGGACAGAUGGACAGAGUGUAGAUACUGUAAACAAAAAACAGGCUGUUAGAGAAAGUGGAAAAUAUUUACCAAUAGGAAAUUCAGAGGAGAACAUGUUUGGAGAUAAAUCAUUGGAUGAACUUUCAGGACAUGAAUCAAGUAUGACAGAUGAAGGAAUUGUCACAGAGCCGGAGGCUGGUUCAUAUGGAGGACUGUCCUCUGGCACAGACUUGCUAGGCCAAACGCUCAUGGUUUGGACUCAGUCUGGACUAUAUGAGGAACAGUCACCCCACAUGAUGCAAGAAAAUUCUCUUUCCACUCCUGCCCCCGCUGUGAGGACAGAAUAUGAGGCAGUAGCUAUAGGAGGAGAUGUAAGCAUCAGUAAAAAUGUAAACCAGGCUUCUUUAGAGGCCCCACCUACCCCCAGUGCUCUUCGAAGGCGGAGAAAAUUCUCCUCAUCUGCCAACAAUGGUUCAGAUGCCAGCAAUGGCAGUAAUGGGGAGUCAAAUGGCGAGUCUGCUUACCGCUCUCUCAGUGAUCCUAUGCCACAUCGAAGUCGCUCUGUGGCAGAGGAUGGCAAUAACAGCUUUUCUGUGGACAGCAACCUGCUAGGCUCACUCUCUCUAAACUCUAAGGUGGGUGUAAGUGCAGAUUCUUGUGCCGCGGAUCUGUCAGAAUGUACUGGCAGCGCAGCUAGUGACCUGUCAGUGUAUAGUGACUCUCUGCGGGAUUAUAGCACCGUGAUACAGAGCAUAGUUCAUGAACCUGGUGCAAUGGACAAACUCAUUGACGAGAAGGCAAAUGGAAAAGCAGUGAAAAAGAAGAGCUUUAGUGACCCCAGCAGACGAGGAGAACUGAUUUCCCCAUCCAUUGAGGUCCAGAAACAUCCUAAUGAAACUAUUAACGAGUUGGAACAACCAAUUCCUCCCUCCAGCAGUGAGCCGAUCUUGUCAGAACAAAGAGAUGAGUUAUGGGAGCUAAACAGUGAGCAGUGUCAGCUGUAUUCUAACAGAAGGUCUAGAUCCCAGUCAGAGCAUGUUUUACCCUGUCAACUUGACAAUGGCGAUGAGAAUGUAGCCAACGAGGAGUCAAAGUUUCCCUUUGACCCAAAGCUCGCUCAGGUGUUGUCUCCUUGCAUAAGUCGUCGUGGGUACAAGAAACGCAUACAUAGAGUCACACAUCAGCAGUCUUGUGAUGAUGUGGACCAAUUAGAGGAGCAUCAAGAGGACCAAACCUAUGAAGAUCAUCUGGAUCCUUCUAAGUCCAACCUGCCUCAGCCUCCUAUAACUAAAAUAAGGCCCAAACAUGUACGCCAUGCCAGUGAACCUGCAACAUUUCUGCCCAUUACACCAUCUAACCAGCAGCGUAGCUCUAUUAAGAGCCCUGAAACCCAACAACUCUUAAGACAAGGAGAGGGAACUCCAUCUUUGGAGGACGUGACGGAACAAUACAUCCUGGCCUUGAAUACACCCGAUGGGUCUUCAGAUACCCCUGCUGAUGAAGCUGUUAUGGAAGGUACCAGCUCUGUUCCUGCAACAGCCACCACUGACCCAAAACUGCAGAGGAAGUCCAGUGAUGAGCUGACCCAGGCCCCGCUUAAAACCAAACCACGAGUGGAUAUGAGAAGACAUGUCAUGAUGACUCUCCUGGACACCGAACAGUCGUAUGUGGACUCUCUCAGAACACUGAUUCAGAGCUACAUGAAGCCACUGAAGCAGCCGGAGAACUCGCUGCUCUGCGAUAUAUCUCUGGUGGAUGAGAUGUUCUACCAGAUCCCUGAAAUCCUGGAACACCACGAGCUCUUCCUGGAGCAGGUGAUCAGCUGUGUCAAUGACUGGCACGAGCGCCAGACCAUCGGUGACCUCCUCGUCCAGUCAUUUUCCAAAGAGGUGCUGGCUAACAUUUACUCCGCGUACAUUGACAACUUCUUGAAUGCCAAAGACGCAGUGAGGAUCGCUAAAGAAGCCAAACCAGCUUUCAUGAAGUUUUUGGAGCAAAGUAUGCGAGAGAAUAAAGAGAAGCAGGCUUUGGGUGAUCUGAUGAUCAAACCUGUGCAGCGUAUCCCACGCUAUGAGCUUUUGGUUAAAGAUUUGCUGAAACACACUGCGGAAGACCACCCAGACCACCCACACCUGCUGGAUGCUCAGAAGAACAUUAAGCGAUUGGCUGAGAGGAUAAAUAAGGGACGACGUAACGCGGAGGAGGUGGAGCGAGAGACACGGGUCAUGCAGGAGAUCGAGGCCCACAUAGAGGGAGUAGAGCAUAUCUUGAAUCCAGAGAGGAAAUUCCUCAGACAGGAAAUGGUGAUGGAGGCGAAAACAGUAGGUGGGAAGAAGGAUCGCUCUCUCUUCCUGUUCACUGAUUUGCUGAUCUGUACGACUCUGAAGAGGAAGUCAGGCUCUUUACGCCGAAGCUCCAUGAGUCUAUAUUCUGCUGCUAGUGUCAUUGACACCUCCAGUAAAUAUAAGUUCCUGUGGAAACUGCCCUUGGAGGAUAUUGAGUUAGUGAAAGGCUCGAGUCAGGCCACCAACAGGGAUACAAUCCAAAAAGCCAUCAGCCGUCUGGAUGAGGACCUCAGUACCCUCGGCCAAAUCAGCAAGCUGUCAGAGACCCUCAGCUUUCCUCACCAGAGUCUGGAUGAUGUAAUAAAGGACUUGAUGGCAUCGGUUCACAGGGAAUUAGCAGAGAAACAGUCCCUGGCAUUUAGCAUGACCUUCUUGCCCACUAAACUGGAGCUGAGCACGGCAUCUGCGGACAGCACGUUCAUUUUCGAGUUCAGCAGUCCAGACGCACGCAGCAACUUUGAGCAGGCCUUUGAGGAGGCCAAAAAAAAGCUUGCCAUGAAUAAAGACGAAUGGGACCCUGAGUUCUUGAAAGCCAUUCCCAUCAUGAAGACCCGUAGUGGCAUGCAGUUCUCCUGCGCCUCACCGAGCCACAGCAGCCCAGAGAACGUGUAUGAGGUGUGGGUCUGUAAUAGUGACGGCUACGUAGGCCAAGUGUGCGUGCUGAGCAUCAGGGCCGAGCCCACGGUGGAGGCCUGUAUCGCUGUCUGCUCUGCGCGGAUCAUCUGCAUCGCAGCCGUGCCGGGACUCAAGAGCAGGGAGCGAGUAGAGUCAAGGCACUCUGCCCCCGUGGUGCCAUCUGAGUCCGAGUCACCGCCAGCUCCUUCUGUUCAACCUCAGCUCCACAUCUCCAUUUCUCGCUCCUCUCCAGAGCUUAGCGAUCCUCCUGUUCCCACAGCGCCUGAACUCGGGCCCUUCGAAAGCGACGACUCGGACGACGAAGACUCGCCAAGCCCAUCAUCCACGCUGCAGAGCCAAGCAUCACAUUCCACCAUCUCGUCCAGCUACGGCAAUGAUGAGGGAGCAGGCUGUAAGGACAUGGCACCUGAGACUACCAGUUCAGAAGAAGAGCAGGAGUUUUCCAGUGGGUUCGGGCCACAGAGACUGAGUGUCGACUGCCCAAUGGACGGACGCGCCAUGCGCAGAUCCAGCCGCGGCUCCUUCACCCGUGCCAGCCUGGAGGACCUGCUGAGCAUCGACCCGGAAGCCCACCAGAGCUCAGUGUGGCUUGGCACCGAGGACGGCUGCAUCCAUGUUUACCAGUCCUCAGACAACAUCAGGAACAGGAAAAACAGCAUGAAGAUGCAGCACUCAGCUUCCAUCUUGUGCAUCCUGUACCUCGACAACAAAGUCUUUGUGUCCCUUGCUAACGGUGAAGUGAUUGUUUAUCAAAGGGAAGCAGGGAGUUUCUGGGAUCCUCAAAGUUCUCAGACAUUGGGUUUAGGUUCCCCGAGUGGUCCUGUUACUAAGAUGGUCCCUGUGGCAGGAAAGCUGUGGUGCGGCUGUCAGAACCGGAUUCUCAUCAUCAACACCAGCACUUUAACACAAGAGCACUCAUUUGCAGUGGGUCAGGACAGCGGCCGAUGUGUGACCUGCAUGGUGAGCUAUGGUCAGGGUGUGUGGGUGGCUUUGCAAGGCAGCGCACAAGUUCGUUUGUACCACUCCACUAGCUACGAGAGCAUCGCUGAAGUGGACGUGGCACCUGCUGUUCACAAGAUGCUUGCAGGCUCGGAUGCCAUUAUCCGCCAGCACAAGGCUGCAUGCCUAAGGAUCACCGCUCUCUUGGCCUGUAGAGAUGUGUUGUGGAUUGGGACGAGUGCCGGAGUAGUGCUCACUCUGCCAGUCCCGCCUGUGGCCUCCAACGUAGGCACAGGACCUCUGAGGACUCCACUCGUGCCCACUGGCUCUGCCCACGGCCACACCGGCCAUGUCCGCUUCCUCACCUCUGUUGAGCUCCCUGAAGGUUUUGAUGUCCACUUUCCCUCUCAAGCAGAGUCAGAACUGAGUGGUGAUGGAGGAGUGCAACAGCGCCGGGCCUCCACCAUCAUCACAGGCAAAUCCACUCUGCUAGUGAUCAGCGGUGGAGACGGCUACGAGGACUUCAGGCUAAACAGCAGCAGCGAGACAGUGGGACGAGACGACAGCACCAACCACCUGCUGCUGUGGCGCGUGUGAGAGGCUUCAACUCCUCUGUAUCAGGCCCGCAGACUGUGACAUCAGGCUCCGCCUCCUUUCUGGCAGCGUGCUGCUCAAGCCUCUGAACCCUGCUAUUUCUGUGCAUGAGCUUGACAGAAACUGAAAGGGUGGUUUCUAACAUUUUCUUUGUUUCGUUGUGUAAUCAGUCGUCGAGUUGUACUCUCUGUGUCCCACAUGGUGUAAGAAGUGAAUCUCGCGCUGCUUGUGGUGUUUUUGUAGUGGGAUGUAUGCGUAUAACGUGACACCAGUCUACAGACAAGAGAUGACACGGAGGACUUGUCACAGAAAGGGAAAAAAAACUGCUGGAUGGAGAAUGAAGGAGAGAAAGAGCAUGAUGACUGAAUCAAAUCCAGUGUGGGAAAAAGCCCUCAAAGCUGAAAGAAGGAUAGAGCAGAGAGGAUAUUACAAAUCUAGAAAUAGACUCAAGUCUAUUGGGACUGAUUGGACACUAAAGCUGACUGGAUAUCACUGAUUGUUUUCUGUCCUGCCCCCCUUUAGAGAACGAUGGAUGAUGGACUCGUUUACACACGGCGUGAUCAACUACUGUUCCGUCACACUGUGAUCGCGUUCACGAACAACAAAGGUUUUGUCUCGAGCUCCAAAAGCGAGAGCAAUACGAGAGUGUCUGUACCUAACCAAUGUGCAAUAUAAGGCUAGGGUAUCUACUUAAGACUAUAUUCUAUUUACACACACACACAAACACACACACACACACACACCAACUAAAGCCACACACUUACCCCACCUUACCGCUUUUACUUCUCCACAAUGCAGUCAGUUCAGGGAUUUCAAGAAAUGGCCUGAAUUUCCACCAGUUUAAGAACUGAAGCUUUAUGUAAAUUAAACUAACCUUAAAAAAACAGUGUUAUUUGUGUGUGCUUCUGAGAUAGAACCAUCUAAACCCUUUAGCUCAUAUAGACAAUUAUUACAUGCAGAAACAAGACAUACAUGCGUCUGUCUUUUUUGAGGCAUGUUUUGAGUAUGGUGUCACUUAAGUAUAUUAUUUAUUUACUCUUGGAAAUGAGAAUGAACUAAGAAUUCCUUAAAAGUGGUUCCUCAAAAGCCUUUGACAUGGUUCUGAUUUUAUAAGAAGCUUAUAUUUCUAAAAUAAGACUAUUUUCUUGGUUUGUACUGUAGAACUUUACCUUUCUCUAGAGGGACCAAGAAGAAAGAAACCCUUGGUUUCCCCCUAAGCAUUUAGUUUU